CUCCAACGCAUGGCUGACAGAGGUCCGUUUGUCCCUCAACGCCCACCGGGCAACCGACCAAAACCACGGAACCCGACCGCCCCCAGGGAUGAUGCCAUCAUCAUUGAUUCAGACGAUGAAGCUGAGGCCAGAAGGGGCUCGCAAGGACCGGGACCAUCGAAUGACGCUACAAUGUAUGAAUUAUUUGGGACACCAUCACCAUCACCAGGCCCAGAUCCUAGAGUAACAUUGCCCCCAGUUCCCGUGCCCCCUCCGACAGAUCCUGAGACUCGGACGCGAAGGGCGAGUAACAUCUAUCAGUGGGAGUGCCGAAAACGACUUCCAAAGCAUCUACAACAGUGGUAUGAAACCCCUCCAUCGACAUUGGGUCGCACCUGGUGGAAAUGUCCGCUCCUCAAUCUCGAGUUAGCACAAGUAGAGGCUCAAUGCCACUUACGGCUAGACUUCACAUCUAACCGAUUCACAAAUGAUUUGUAUGCUCUUCUUCAUCCGACUACGGCCUCCCAUCUUCGUACUGCCAUCACCAACCCUCCUGGCUUCUUUGAAAUGGAUUUCUUGAAGAAAAUCGGAUACAAUGUUUGGGAUCGAGCACUUCAAGAAGUCACUCGACAUCACAAUCGGUGGCACCUCUGGGGCUAUAGAGUUGGUGUACUCUACGAGUCUUCCGACUGGGGUAAAGGCGAAGAGUAUGUGAAGCUCGAAGAGUUGUCAGAGGCUGAGUUGGCUCAUGUUAAGUCACAGCUUAAAUCAUGUACACUGUUCUACCGUGAUGAGAACGAUGACCAGGAAGUGAUUGAUGUUGUCCCGCGGUUACCAGCCAGUUUCUGGGACGUAAAGCAUUCUGAGUGGAGUCGGAUUUGAUACGGGAAAAGAAAUUCCAGACAUGUAAAAUUCAAAUUGUACGUUACACGUUCGGGAAGCAGUUGUGUCAAGUUCAA